CUGAAGUUAGUGCUCUCUGCCUUUUUUUUCGCGGGGGGGAUACAAACAAAAUGUCCGGUAAUUACAGACUGCUGGUGAAGAACGCCCAACAGGUCGUUCUGAUCUGCAGCGACGGAGAGAAGUUCAUCACCAAACACGGGAUGCAAAAUCUGUGUGUGAUUGAAAACGGCAGCGUAGUGAUCGGGAGAGACGGGCUGAUUAAAGCUGUGGGGCCCGCAGAAACCAUCGGAGCACAGUAUUCUGGAUCGUCCUUCGACAACGUGAUCGAUGCUGCAGGCAUGUGCGUCCUGCCCGGGCUGGUUGACGCCCACACGCACCCAGUCUGGGCCGGGGACAGGGUGCAUGAAUUUGCAAUGAAGCUGGCGGGUGCCACCUACAUGGACGUGCACCGGGCCGGUGGAGGGAUCCACUUCACCGUGGAGCACACUCGAGCCGCCGGGUCCUCGGCGCUGCUGGCCUCCCUCCGCGGCAGGCUGGCCCGGAUGCAGCGAGCCGGCACCACCCUGGUGGAGUGUAAGAGCGGCUACGGCCUGGAGCUGCAGACCGAGAUCAAGAUGCUGGAGGUGAUCGAGGAGGCCGGACGCGCGCUGCCCAUCAACAUCUCCUCGACCUACUGCGGAGCCCACGCGGUGCCCAAGGGGAAGACGGUUGCAGAAGCCACAGAGGACAUCCUGCAGGUCCAGCUGCCGAGGCUGAAAGAGCGGAUGUCUGCUGGGACGCUGAGCGUGGACAACAUCGACGUGUUCUGCGAGGAAGGAGUGUUCGACCUCCGGUCUACUCGCUCCAUCCUGCAGGCCGGAAAAGACAUGGGCCUCAACAUCAACUUCCACGGAGACGAGCUCCAUCCCAUGAACUCUGCUCAGUUGGGUGCAGAGCUCGGAGCCUCGGCCAUCAGUCACCUGGAGGAGGUCACCGAUGAGGGGAUCGCUGCCAUGGCAACAGCAAGGACCGCCGCCGUCCUUCUUCCGACCACAGCUUACAUCCUCCGGCUGCCUCAGCCUCGGGCCAGAGACAUGUUGGAAGCCGGCGUUAUCGUCGCCCUCGGCAGCGACUUCAACCCCAACGCCUACUGCUGCUCCAUGCCGAUCGUCAUGCACCUGGCCUGUGUGAACAUGAAGAUGUCCAUGCCCGAGGCCUUGGCCGCGGCCACCAUCAACGCCGCCUACGCCCUGCGGCGCUCCGACACGCACGGCUCCCUGGAGGUCAACAAGCACGGAGACCUGCUGGUCCUCAACGCCGCGCGGUGGGAGCAUCUGAUCUACCAGCUGGGAGGACAUCAGGAGCUGAUUCGCUACGUCGUCAUCAAAGGAAACGUCGUCGUCGACAACGACAAAACUGUGGAUCUGUAA